AUGAUUUCUUUGCCUGUAGUGCCUGCAAAGCAUGCCAACUUUUUGUCUUACCUUGAGGCACACCCAAAGACUCCUAUCCACGACUUGGUGAAUCCUUACAAUGCAUUUGAUACUGUUGCCCGCAGAAUAUACGCACAGGAGUCAUCGCAUUCUUUGGUGAACGACAACUAUGCCAAUGUUGUGCCACUAUACAAUGCUGCCGGUUCCACUGAUAUUCAAGUCCGGGCACGAGAUCUUGCUUCUGAGGGACCCGAGACCAAGGAAAAGUACAUCCUACCCUUGGAAGACAGAAAUCGCAGACCCAACGGCUCGCCCGCUGUCGUCUCCACCCUAGCCGAGUUCCAAGAGAACUUUGCCAUUUUCACUGAAAACUCUUUGAGUGAGAUAGACUGGAGCAAUGUUGUGGCUGCCGGAAGUGCAGUAGUAACUUCUGCUCUACCCGUACCAGAAAGUCAUCGUGGUUCAAAGAGAGCUCUACGUCAAUAUUAUCAUGAUCAGUUCGCACCAGCGUCAGAUGUGGAUCUUUUUCUCUAUGGGUUGACCGAGGAGCAAGCUGUCGAGAAGAUCAAGCAUAUCGAAGAAAAGAUCCGCAAUGCGAUUCUACACGAAACUACCACAGUUCGUACAAAGAACACUGUCACCAUCGUUUCACAAUAUCCUACCCGUCAUGUGCAGAUUGUGCUUCGCAUCUAUCACUCGAUAGCCGAGAUCCUUACCGGCUUUGAUGUGGAUUGUUCCUGUGCUGCCUAUGACGGCAAGCAAGUAUACGCAUCGCCGCGGGCAAUCGCAUCUUAUAUCACGCAGGCAAACCAGAUUGACCUCACUCGACGGUCCCCGUCGUAUGAGAACCGACUUUCAAAGUAUGGUCACCGAGGCUUUGAAGCAUUCUGGCCGCAGCUCGACCGAUCGAAGAUCGAUCCUACAAUCUUUGAACGAAGUUUCAGCCGAACGGAGGGACUCGCCCGCCUUUUGGUUUUGGAGCAACUUCCCAAGGCUGGAGACCGAGAGUCAUAUCUCGAAAAAAGGCGUUCAGAGCGAGGUCGACCAGCCCCGAGCUUGCAUUCGCGACUUCAGCGUAAAUCACUUAGGGGAAAUAUUAAGAAUGAAUGGGAGGACGAAGUUCCAGAGUGGCAGGAGGAAGACCAAGUUUCCAACUACCACACAUUUACUAUCCCAUACGGCAGAUAUUUCAACGCUCGAAAGAUCGAGAAGCUGCUUUACACGAAGGAUUUGCUUUUGAAUGCCCAGUGGAAUCAGCCCAAGGAUCGCAGAGUUUAUUUACAUCGCCAUCCGGCAUUCUUUGGUGAUGCAGCAGAUGUUCUUGGAGACUGUUGUGGCUGCUGCCCCGAGCCAUUCACGAACGAAGAAUUGAAGGUCUCCGAAGAGGAGAGGAAGAUAUAUAUCUCAGGCCCAGUGGCAUUCAUCAAAGAUGAUCCUGGUCGACAAGAGAUUGGUAGCUUCAACCCAAUCACUGAAACAGACUGGACAGAGAUGGCCUAUGUUGGCUAUACAGAGCGACUUUGUCAGGCAAUUGUGUCCGGUGAUUUAGAAGCCAUCAAAAACUUUUUGGCCGACAAAGACGCAAGCCCCAAUCGCCGUGACUAUACUGGACGCACACCACUCCAGUUAGCUUGUAUCUCGUCUACCCCGGAAGUGGUCCACUGUCUUGUAGAUCAUGGGGCUCGACUGAUCGCUCGAAUGGCUGACGGAAAGACAGCUUUGCAUCUUGCAGCUGCUCGUGGCAAUGUUGAAAUGAUUCGCAUUCUCCUGACAAAAAGCAACGAGAAUGAAGAAGCUGAUGUCAGAAAGGAAAGGUUGAAGAAGAAAGAUAUCAAGAAAGAGGCGAAAUUCGAAGACGAAGAUGAUGAAAUGCGGGACGCGGAUGAUGCUUCUCACACCUCUGCAUCCUACGUCAAGGUCGAGAAAGAUGAGAACGAUGGCGAUGAUACGAACCACGCAAGCUUUGAAGAAGAUGAGGAGGAGCCCGAUAUAUACGACAUCAAUGCAACUGCGUGGGAUAGCCUUGCUUCACCUCUUCAACUGGCAAUCCUUCAUGGCCACACCGACGUCGUCACGGAACUUGUCUCCUCCUUUGGGGCUGAUAUCUCGAUGCCCAUCAAGAUCCUGAAUGACUGGAAUAGACAGCCACAAGCUUCUAUUCUCAACUUGGUGCUAGUGCUUGCUCUUCCUCUGGAUAAAGCGCGAAGUAUGUCGCAGACGCUCCUGAAGCUUGGUGCCUCCCCUGCCCGGGCAGAUCUCACCCAGAGUACCCCGUUGCACUACAUUGCACAAUCCAGCUACAGUGAUCUCCUGGAUGUGUACUUGGAGCAUGACGGCCCGGCACUGCAACGAGCAAUUAAUCAUCUGGCUUUAACAUCGGAUAGAUUCUUCAGGGCAGAUUGUAUUUUCUUCUCGACCUUGAUGAAUGCAAUUGCAACACAGAAUCAUAAAUCCGCAAAGAAGAUACUGGAAGUAGGCGCAAAUCCGAAGUUCGAGCUUGAAUACUUGAUGAGCGCUAUCAAGUCUCAACUUUCUGUUUUCCAUAACGUUCAAUGUAUUGUUGAGCAGGUUAAGAAUGGUGUCAAACAACCUAUCCUUUACGCUGUGGAACAAGAUUUGCCGUUGAUUGCUAUUGAGCUACUGCGCCGCGGUGCUGAUCCAAAUUCCGAAGAGGUGAAAACAAGGGGGCAGGCUCAAUAUAUGACAGUUUUGACUUGCGUCCGAAAUUCUUUGAAAUCCAAGCGAGAAUUCUUGCGUGCUGACGAAGAAGUUAUUCGAUGUCCUUUCGCGUUCAGGAACCGCCCUUUUAUGUUUGAGAAGGAAGACGAGUCAUACCUCGCAGAGUAUCCCCCGUCCUCUUACCGGAGAUUCUUCGCAACUCUUCAACUAAAAGAUGCUCGCGAAGAGAGGAGGAAGUACGAUGAAGGGCCCGGGGAUCAGAAGGCCACCAUAGCUGAGCCUGGUCUCAGUGAGAAGAAAGCAGCUGUUACAAGAUUGAUUCGCGAAUACGAGCUCCUCGAGAAGGAGCUGUUAGCGCGAGGCGCGAAGACGGUCACAGAACUUCACCCAGAAUUGAUUCAGCCACCGAUUCUCCCCAUAUCGACUUUUCAAGACCAGGGGGACAUUUUCAAGAUCGAGUUCAAAUUCCAAACACAUGUACUGACUGACACAGCACGUGAGGGAUACCUACAACUGUUUGAGGCAGCUUGGAAUGGAGAUAUUGAGACAAUCAAGGCAUUGACUCUUGCCAUGUGGGGGCCAUCUCAAGAUCAGCCCCCUCUUGAAAUUGCAGUCCAGGAUGAUCUUGAAAACUCGUGCCUCUCCAUUGCUGUUCUCCGGGGCCAUUUGAGCACCGCAAAGGCAAUCAUUCCCAUCCUUCAGGCCCAAUACAAGAUGAAAAAGCCGCAAGGCCAAGUGAGAUUUGAGAUGGACAUAGAUGCAGAUGAAUCAGAUGCGGAGCCAUUGGAUGACGAAGAAAUUAACAUUAACAGCCAUAUUGUUCAUGAUCAGUUUACCCAUGAGAAUAUCGGGGAAGUCGUGACCCAAGUUGAAAGCCAAGUUUCCCCCUUGGGAGCACUGCAGGUUUAUUGUGGCGCCUAUAAUUUCCUGGGCGAGUCAUCGAAUCUCUUAUUCAGAGAGUUUGGUCCUGAUCGUGGGGACUUUUAUAAUGACAAAAUCCACACACUGUUGGGCUACGCCAUCUUCAAGAACGACAUUUCUCUUUUCGACUUUAUCCUCGAGCUUGGUCAAGAAUGUGCGAAGAUGGAUACUUCUAGCAAGGCACAGUUCACCAUCUCAGAGAGGGAUUUCCAACUUGCAAUUGCAUUGGGUCGUAUGGACUGCCUGGUCAAAAUGAUUCAAACCACUGCAGCCGGUCUUCCACUCGCUAAACUGUGCGAGCAAUCUGGAAUCAAGCCAAAGGAAGAGCACCUCUACUAUCCUGGUCUAUCCAUUCGAGGAAAGAAGCGCAAGGACUGGGCCGAUGCUGGUCGAGUUGUAGAGAUGCCCCCACCAGGCUCUCGACCGCCUUUGUUAAUCGCAGCCAUCCAAGGAAAUCUCUCAGCCACAGAGUGGUUCCUUGGUACUGCACCCGGCAGAUACUAUGUGAGCUAUGCGAGCUCGCGCGUAGAAGAUGAGGACAUCAAAAGACUCUCGCAGUCCAAGCUUGGACUUGAAGGGUCCAUUUUGAAUUGGUUACAGACGAGAAACAAUCUCGUGCUUCACUGUGCGGUCAUGUCUCAACCAUGCGAGGAGUCUGAGCGACUAGUCCAAUACUUGGUGGACCACCACCCUGAAUGCCUGGAAGCUCGGUCAUCGGGAGGACACACUCCUCUUGCACUGGCCUGCUCCCUUCAUCGCACAGAGUACGCGCGCAUUUUGAUCGCCGGAGGAGCCAAUCAGACAACUCGCGAUUCCGACAGCCAUAAUCUCGUGCACCUUCUCCUCAAUCCCAUUGAAGGCGCCAUCUGUGAAAAGGCUGAGGAUAUUGCUCCGUUGAUCAGGCUUCUUAGCCCACAACUCGUUUCUUCAAUGUUAGUGCAACGGGCCGGGGAUGGAUCAAUGACACCUCUAGCACGUUGGCUGCAAUUGAGCUACAGCAGUGCUACUUGGAACACACAAGACCCCGCCUUCAAAGAAACCUGCGAGAGGAUGGCCGCCAUGACAAGACUAUUGAUGAGCUACGACAAAGCCAGCAAUCAAAAACAGUUAGAGAUCCUCGACGGGUCUGGGAACGCCGCAGUGCACAUUGCAGUCAAAUAUGGAUAUCCUACGGUGUUAGAGACAAUGCUCGAUCGACGACCUGAUCUACUGCACCGAGAGAAUGCAACCGGCUGUACUCCACUUGAGCUAGCUGUGGAUUCUUGGGUCAAUCAGACUACUCGGACUCCCCGCCAGCUUCCGGGGAGCAGAUAUGACGUUGUUCCGGAGUGGAAACCUGUUGUUAGCCGUCCUUCGCUAUAUUUCGUCGAAGGCCGUGACCCGAGGACAAGAUGGGAGAUGAUGUACCAAAUCUGUCAGGAUCGAUCCCAGCAACGACUUGGCAAGAGAAGACUCGUUACUUUGUUCGAAGCAAAUGAGGUGGCAAAAAGAUUGACCGUGGACAACCGCUGGUCCAAAAGACUUGCAUGUGGUGGUCGGAACCAUGUACCUGACCCUGAAUCUGUGGUCGAGGAGGAGAAAGAUGAGGUUGCUGUAUGGGGUGGUGUGGCAAACCAGUAG